CUGAGCGGCAGAAAGUUAUCAAAGAAACUUGCUGCUGUUACGGGGGAGGCGGAAAGUCUGCCCAACAUAGUUAAGCAGUUCAACAUGACGGGGCAAGGUGAGGCGGAAGAUUGAGAUAACAUAGAUGAUGGGAAACUGAACGACUCGCUGAAUAACCGGACGGUGACCCCCAACGAUGAUGGACAUGGCAAUGCCGGAUUGAAUGGAGCAGAUACGAAUAUGGCCAAAGCAGCUGCAUACGAAGACAAUCCAUGCGACAUGGUAUUCGGCCAGAUGACAUGAGUAUACGAUAUUUGAGUAUUUAUACAUUACAAUGUGAUUUUGAGAUAGCUUUCAAGGAGUUGUGAUGAAAUCUUAAGAAAUAUAAAACAGCUUCAUAUGUGUACUUACAGGAACCCAAAGCCUUUGCAACCUCAAAUACCUGCAUAUUGAAGAUUUGAGCUUCAAAAGAAUCGCAUCAAUUAUGUAUAGCAAUAAGUACCGUGGUGUGUCCACCGGAAAGUCAUCUUUCUGAAGUCGGAACAUCAAAACACAAGACACAUGGCUGCCUAUCACCCAUUUCACAAUUCAUGCUUGCCAUUGCUAUGUGUGAUCUUAUGAUUUCCAAGGGAAAAUGGAAACUUUUGGGAACAAAAAUUGGAUGUGGGGUUGCAGGAAGCAUAUUAGGGUUGAAUAAAACUGAAUCGAAUUAAUAUAAGGCUGUAGAAGGCUAGCUAUUGCCAACUAAACCGGGUAGUAGUUCUAACUGACAAGUUGCUUAAUAGAUACUUCUAUUCAGUUAAGAAUCGUCGAUCGAGCUCAAAGUUGUUACUUGUUAGUCGGUUGUACACACCUCAUAGAACUGUUGGACCAUCAUGUAUAAAUUUCCAGCCUUAUUCGUAGUUCUUCAUUCAUUCAGCAAAACAAAACAAGUUUCUUCAAAAUUGUUCCACUUUUCUCCUACCUAUGUUUGAUUUUCUAUAACAUUAUUAACAACAAACCAAAUCAUUUCUCUCCCUCUCUAGCCAGCUAUCUCUCAAUCCAUGGCUCUUCCAAUCCUCUUCCUACUCUUCCUCGCCAUUCCCUUCUCCGAAUCCAAGCUCUCCAUAGACUACUACAAAAAAACAUGCCCCGACUUCGAGAGCAUUGUCCGUGACACCGUGACUUCAAAACAAAUCGCCAGUCCCACCACCGCGGCAGGCACUCUCCGCCUCUUCUUCCACGACUGCAUGGUUGAAGGCUGCGAUGCUUCCAUCCUCAUCUCCUCCAACUACGUUAACACUGCAGAGCGUGACGCCGACAUCAACCAAUCCCUCUCGGCAGACGCCUUUGACCUCGUGGCACGUGCCAAGACCGCCCUCGAGCUCGCCUGCCCCGGCAUUGUCUCCUGCUCCGAUAUACUCGCCUUAGCCACCCGCAACCUCGUCACGAUGGUCGGCGGUCCGUUCUACAAAGUCCGCUUGGGACGGAAAGACGGACAGGUUUCCAAAUCUUCACUAGUGGAAGGAAAUCUCCCAAGAAGCAACCAAACCCUAGACGACAUGAUCAAAUUCUUCGCCACAAAAGGCUUCACACUCCAAGAAAUGGUGGCUUUAUCCGGUGCACACACAAUUGGAUUCUCUCACUGCAAAGAAUUCGCCGACCGGAUUUUCAAUUACAACAAAACUACACCAACAGAUCCUGACAUGUACCCAAACUAUGCUCAAGGGCUCAAGAAAAUUUGUGCAGACUACAAAACGAACAUCGCCAUGUCCGCUUUCAACGAUGUGAUUACGCCCGGCAAGUUCGAUAACAUGUAUUAUCAGAAUCUGAAGAGAGGGUUGGGGUUGUUACCUACGGAUCAUGCACUUGUUAAGGACCCGAGGACGAGACCUUUUGUGGAGUUGUACUCGACGGACCAGGCUGCCUUUUUCCAAGCUUUUUCUCAUGCUAUGGAGAAGCUUAGCCAUCAUGGAAUUAAGACUGGACGUAAAGGUGAGGUCAGGCAUAGGUGUGAUGCGUUUAACUCGAUUAACGCUUAAUGUUGAAGAAAAAUAUUAUCGUCACGAGAUGUCAUUAGCCACGGAUUAAAUUCACCGGAGAGUAAAAGUGAGGGAAUAUAUAUUUUUUUUAUUCAAUUGUCAUAUUAUAUAAACUUUUAUGUAUCAUGGUGAUGAUAAUGAAGAUACAUUGAUGAUUAUAUCA